AUGGCUAGGCUUUGUGCUUUCCUGAUGGUCCUAGCAGUGAUGAGCUACUGGUCAAUCUGCUGUCUAGGAUGUGACCUGCCUCAGACUCAUAACCUCAGGAACAAGAGAGCCUUGACUCUCUUGGUACAAAUGAGGAAACGCUCUCCUCUCUCCUGCCUGAAGGACAGAAAGGACUUUGGAUUCCCCCUGGAGAAGGUGGAUGCCCAGGAGAUCCAGAAGGCUCAAUCCAUUCCUGUCCUGGAAGAUUUCACUCAGCAGAUCCUGAACAUCUUCACAUCUAAGGAGGCAUCUGCUGCUUGGGAGGAAACCCUCCUAGACUCCUUCUGCAAUGACCUCCACCAGCAGCUCAAUGUCCUGCAAGGCUGCCUGAUGCAGCAGGUGGGGGUGCAGGACCCUCCCAUGUCCCAGGAAGACUCCCAGCUGGCUGUGAGGAAAUACUUCAACAGGAUCACUGUGUACCUGAGAGAGAAGAAACACAGCCCCUGUGCCUGGGAGGUGGUCAGAGCAGAAGUCUGGAGAGCCCUGUCUUCCUCAGCAAACUUGCUGGAAAUACUAGUGAGGAGAAGGAGUGAGUCCUGA